UGGAGCAGUCAACACUCUACGCUCGUCGGUCGCGAGUCGCGAGUCGCUGCCCGUUCGCUAGUCUCUACCCAGUUGCACCUCGGCAUCACUCGCCGUCGGUCGCGCGUCGUUCUUACGUUGUACUGUGCGAUAAUUCAUUAGUUUUCCCCACGAGAAAACCAAGUGAAGUAUAAUACAAACAGUUGUAAACGCCUGUGGACGUCCCUGUGUGUGCAUUUGUAGUUGAAACGUUUAUGUGAAUUUGCCGCUGAUUCUACUAUCACGGACGCUCAGUGCACUAAGCAGCAAAGAAGGCACCUCGAGCAAAGCGUCGAGGGACUCUGGCAGUUCCUGUGAUGCAGCGUCACUUAAUCUCGAAGAAGACAAUGGCGAGAUGAACCGUGAAAACGUGUCCAAUAAGAUCGCCGCCGGCAUGGACCGGUGGCAGAACACGCUAGAAGACAUGAUCAAUCUCCGCUCUUCCAAUAACCAAGUGUUCAAGGAUAAUUAUUGGGCCCAAAAUGGUUUCGACGAGCUCCGGCGCUACGUAAAACAAGGAAGCGAUUUCAGCAAGGAACUGGCUUCGAUAUUGCAAGAAAGGGUAGAGGCAGAAAAUUACUACUCAAAAUGCUUAGCGAAACUCGGCACGAAGUUGAGCAAGGCGUGCAAAGAAAGCGUGGGCUCAUGCGCGGAGGCAUGGAAACACGUCGCCAUCGAGAUGGAGAAGCGAGCAGAAAUUCACAGAAAUUACUCAAGUUCUCUAUCUGAGGAGCUCGUGAAACCAAUGAAACAUGUAAUUGACAGCCAACUGAAACUGCGAAAGAAGAUUGAAGGUAAUGUAGAUAAGACGACGCGGACGCUUACAGACUGGAGGACGGCGGAAGCGAAGUCGAAGAAACAAUCACACACAGCUGCCAGAGAGAACGAGAAGCUACAAGAUGCAACUCUUGAUAUUAGUCGCAUAUCCCGUAGCUCCAGCAUGGGACACAUCCCGCACGCUCAUUCCAUCCUAAGCGCGGCUCGAGCAGAGCGACUGACAAAUGCGACGAGUGAAAGAGAUGCAGCCAAACUUCAAGUGAAAAAAAGGAAAACGGAAGAUGCUGUAAAGAAAACUGAAGUUGAUUAUUAUAAUGUUUGUGUACAAGCAGAAAGAGCAAGGUUAGAAUGGGAGACGAGUGUAGUGAAGGGCGCGGGCAUGCUGGAGUCUCUUGAGGAGGAGAGACUUGCCCAGCUGAAGAGGUCUGCCGAUUGCUACCUCAGAUUGACAGCAGCUGUACCUUCUCAACUAGCUGAGGCGACAAACAUCCUAGUAAAUCCAAUAAAAAAUGCGAACGCUAACGUGGACAUGCGAGUGGUGCGCGGGGUGCGCUCUGCCCCAGCCGGCGCCAGCGAGCAGCUGCUCCCGGACUUCUACUGCGAACACACCACGCUCGCCAUGAACCGUGAACGACGUAAACAAGCACUGUUAAAGAUUCUCCAACUUGUGAAGCAAGAUAUAGACCGAGAACGCAAAUCAAAGCAGGGCCUCGAAAAGUUAUCAAUGGCCAUAAAACAAACGCCGACAUUCGGCAAUGAUGAUUCACAGCAAAAUGUUGCGGAUAAGUUGUACCAUAUGAGAAGCAUGUUGACGUAUUUAGAAGCAAUUAGAUAUAAGAUCACGGCAAGCCUUAACGAACUGGACAGUAGACCGCCGGUGCAACAUCCUCUGGCAACGCACAUACAGAUCAUUCGAGAUAAGCAAGGCUUACAACAGAGCAUACUCAAAGUACCACCCUGGUUGCAAACAGACUACCAAAAUGAGGUCAACAAAAACCUACAGCCGAACUACAUGGCGUUGACGAAGAGUGUCAACGGCGGAGAGGAAAGAGAGAGGCGAGACUCCAUCAUGAGUAGGGCGUCUAGCAAGCUGAGAAUAGAACAUUUGUCGUUCAGAAGGAACACGGAGAACAAGAGUGCCCCUGUCACCCCCAUAAGUGUGGAUUUGCCGACGCCACUGUUGCAGAAGGCACAGACAUUGGAGGCGCCGCCGCCGCCCGAGAGCCCGCUUGACUGGAGCGAGCGUGGCGCUGGCGACGGACUAUCUAACCAACAUGAUAGUGAUUUCGAUGAGUUUUCAUCACAGAGCGACAGCUCAACGGAUUUGACUGAUAUGAUAAAGAGCGAUAAUGCGGAUGGCGCGUCGCAAGCUCCAUCUAUCGGGAAGUGUCGCGCAAUAUACAACUACGAAGCCAGGUUGAAUGAUGAGCUGACGUUGACACCAGGCGAUAUUAUCAUUAUCCACGAGAAGCAGGAUGACGGCUGGUGGUCGGGAGACCUGAACGGAUCCUUCGGCAUCUUCCCAUCCUCCUACGUGGAAGAAAUCAACUCUUGCAUAUGAAAAUACGCGAUCACAUUUAUUUAUAUACUCCUAUGAGGUAUAAGUUUAUACUCGUAUUUAAAGGUUGAUGUACCCAUGGUUGUUACAUUUACGCACUUAAUUGAUUUAAGUUAAAUUAAGUGAAGGAAAUAAGCAUAUUUCUAUAAAUUAUGUUGGUGAAGUAAUAAGUCUACCUAAUGCCAAUUACGAUUUAUUGCAUUUGAAGAAUCAUCUGAUAAUUUUAUUUAUGUGAUUUAAUGAUUAUUUUAAAGUUAAUAUUUUAGAACACUGAGAGUAUAUUUUAUGUUAUAAGAUUACACAAAUGUGUAACUUAAUUAAAAUAAUUUAUGCAACGAUGGUAAUAAAAAUAGCAAAUUACAUUGCUAGUUGCUCUAACGACAAAGUGUAUGUAUGUCGUUUGAGAACUGAGACGGAAGUUAGAGGCAAUCAUAGAAAAAAUUAAUUACUCUUUAUAAUUGUAUAUUUUUUAUUGGCUUCAUAGGAAUGCUAUUACAACAGCAAUAAUAAUUUAUUAAGAUCUCGUUGAUCUUGAAGUAGAUUAUGUACAGAUAAGAUAAGUGGAUUAACAUGCGAACUAACGCUUAGAGGUCACCAUGGGUCUCUGAAGUCAAAUUAAGAUUAUGUCGCUGCUGUUUACAGCGGACGAAAACCAGUCCAAUUUUAAAGAACAUCGUUGUUUUGUAUUCUCUGUAUAAAUAACAGAAACUACAAUAUAAAAAUGUCGUUAUUCUACCAACCGUGACGAUGACCACUCAUAGUUUUAUUCGAUUAUUCAAACAUCUCGAAAACUUAGGAAUAAUUGAAUUUGACAAUUAUCAGUCUGGCUUCUUGGCGCACAUUACUGAGUGCUUACCGAAUUUACAAAUUAACCCUUUAAUCAUACGAUGCACUCAGAUCCGGAUGGGGGUAGAGACUAAUGAAUAAAAAAAAUAUAUAUUUCGUACCGUAUUACUACGUGGUUAGUAAUUACUAAUUAUAUAAAGUCGACUACGUGUGUUUCGAUUCUUACUGAGGCAGCAAUAUUAUGCAGAGUCAUGCAUCUAUGGUACCAGUAAAAAAGCUUUACAUCACUUAUUAAAUUAAAACUAUUGUGGUGUAAAUAGAACAGUAUUGCCAGUAUAUUACUAUAACUUCGUUUAUGGAACAAAACGAAAAUAAUAAAACAAUGAUAUACUGAAGUAUCGUGUAACUUACGUGCACUGUUUAUAUUUUUUUAAAUUAUUUAUAUUGAAUGUAUGAUGUAGUCGAUAUUUGUACAUGUAGAUUACAUUACCCAGAUAUUUCUGUAAUAUUUUAAGUCAAUAGUCACGUUGGAAUGAUUAUAAUUAAGUAAAUUUAUUCCAUAGAGAAUAUCGGGACCAAUUCUAAUAUUGUUGGAUAUUAUAAACAUUGGAAUUGAGCCUUUAAAAUAAGACAAUAAUAUGUAGAGACAGAGUGAUAAUAAAACGGUGUUUUAUUGAAUUCACGUUAGUAAUAUACGCUUAAUGCUGACUCUGCGCUCACGGCUCUGGACAGAGCGAAUGUGGUUGCGCGGCGUUCUCCGAAGUCCGAAAAUUGCCGGCUUGUCGUCCCACGACAAAUAUAACGCGCGCUUUUCGCGUGACAUGAACACAAAUGUAGUUCACACCAUAGACUAAUAUAUAAGUGGUUCACACAUGAUUUGCAAGUGACUAUGAGCAGCAUCUAUGUUCUGUAGAGAUAAUAUUAUAGAGUAUAAUUUAAAUGAUAAACAUCUGCGCAAAUAAACUGUUUUUGUUAUUACUCUGCCAUCUAGGUGAUGAUUACACUCGUAUAUAACAAGUCUUCCUAAGAUAAGAUUGAUAUUAUUCAAAUGGAAUGCAAAGACCUGCGGAAUUGGUCUCAUUUAUAAUGUAAAUAAUCAUUAGAUGUUACUAUAAACUAAACCAAAGUGUUGUCUAUUAUUUUAAUAAAUUGUUCAGUAUAUUAUUA